AUGUACGACAUGAAGAAGAUUAUAUUUGUUUUGUUUUUGAUCAUUGAGUUCUGUUGUGCUGAUACUGUGUUGGGUGGAGUAGUGGACUUUAAGCCUAGUUGCUAUAUUCAUGGUGAUAUCCCAGCCAGUAUGUUAAUCGAAUACAACGGUGUUUUUAAUAAUGAAACUAUCCGUAUCUUGGAGAAAGAAGCUGAUCCGUUGGGCAUUUAUUACCAUGGUGAAACCAGACUUCAAUAUAAAACGUAUAAAACGGCUUAUACGCCUGAAUAUACUAAUAACGCAAUAAGCCAUGAAUUCAGAUUUGCCAAUCGCCGCACCAAUAUGGUCCAAAUAAGUCUUAGACGAGGUAUCAAAAUGAUAAGAUUUCCCUUCUCAAGGCUUGGUCAAAGAUAUGGCUGGUAUGAAGGCGUGCAGAUAAGAAUGACAGAGGAUCUUGUCGUGAAGUUAGGGGAGAAAUAUAGGAAAGAUCCAGCCAAUAAAUGGAAAAGCAUCCCAGUGGGCCCUCCCUUCGCAGAACCCGGUUCGAUGGUGUUUCCUAAAUAUGAUGUGGAAUACCACGGAGCUAACGGGACAAUUUCGCGAAAUAUCGACUUAAAUAUACGUAUCCCUUGUUUGAUUGCGUAUGGUCUCAUUCCCUAUGACAGAAGAACUCAAGACAGUCAACUUAUAAAUUGCAUGUAUCUUACAGAUACUGGAUAUAGAAAAGACGACCCGGUAACAGAAAAUUCAAGCUACAAAGCAUCUGUAGAGGUGGAUAACUGUGAACAUGAUACUGAUAAUGUAGCAAAGCUCCGACCACCGCCAACAAGUAUCGAAGAGAAACUAUUCGAGUAUCUGAAAGAUCUCGUCCUGAUGGGGGUAUCACACAUUCCAUUUGUAGGUCCUUUUAUUGCCGUAGGCAUAGACGUGGCCUACGAAUACGUACAAAACAAACCACGUAUGGAAGAACUUCUGGAAAAAGCAGGUGUUGAUGCGUCGAAAGCGUCAUACGAAAUCAUUUUUGAUGAAUUGCUUUCCGUGCUUAAGAAAGGGGUUCGUAAAUAA